UGUUAUUCUGAUCACAGCGUCUCUGAUUCACAGACUUGGAUCAUGAAUAUAAGUGAAGACUUUGACGUCAGAGUUGAGAUUUAUCAGCAGAUCCAAUGGGGCAGGAAUAUUAAGUGCAAGUCGAUGCCAGCUAUCUGCCAGCGUUAUUAGCAAUGUUCACCGAGGAAUGAGGCUUAACACCAAGGACUGAAAGGACUGGGAAGGAGAAAAAAAAAACAAAAACGGCCACAAAACGGGGGAAGCGAGCUGAUCCUCCAGCAUCAAAGCGAGCGAUGCUGCACGGCCCCGGCGCCAUGGGGGAGCCGUGGCAGCCGCAGCCGCAGCGGCUGGCGGGGCCCGGCAACGCCUCGGUGCCCAGCGCCGGGCCGUCGGCGGCGGGCUGGCCGGGCACGGCGGCGCCGGGCGGCGGCGGCGGCGGCGGCGGCGGCGGCGGCGGGGGGGCCGUGAGCCCCUGGGACAUCGCGCUGUGCGCCACGGGCACGGCGGUGGCGGGCGAGAACGCGCUGGUGCUGGCGGUGCUCUUCUACACGCCGAGCCUGCGGGCGCCCAUGUUCCUGCUCAUCGGCAGCCUGGCGCUGGCCGACCUGCUGGCCGGGCUGGGGCUGGUGGCCAACUUCGCCGUGCGCUACCUGCUGCGGCCGCCCAGCGAGGCGGCGGAGCUGGGCGCCGCCGGGCUGCUGCUCGCCGCCUUCUCCGCCUCCGUGUGCAGCCUGCUCGCCAUCACCGUGGACCGCUACCUGUCGCUGUACAACGCGCUCACCUACCACAGCGAGCGCACGCUGGGCUUCACCUGCGCCAUGGUGCUGCUGAUGUGGCUGCUGUGCCUCGGCGUGGGGCUGCUGCCCCUCCUGGGCUGGAACUGCCUGCGGGACCAGAGCGCCUGCAGCGUCCUGCGGCCCGUCACCAAGGACAACGCGGCGGUGCUGGCCGUCACCUUCCUGCUCCUCUUCGCCCUCAUGAUGCAGCUCUACCUGCAGAUCUGCAAGAUCGCCUUCCGGCACGCCCAGCAGAUCGCCGUGCAGCACCAGUUCAUCGCCACGGCGCAGGCCACCUCCACCCGCAAAGGGCUCUCCACCCUCUCGCUCAUCCUGGGCACCUUCGCCCUGUGCUGGAUCCCCUUCGCCAUCUACUCCCUGGUGGCGGAUUCCAGCUACCCCGCGGUCUACACCUACUCCCUGGCGCUGCCGGCCACCUGCAAUUCCCUCAUCAACCCCAUCAUUUACGCCUUCAGAAACCCCGACAUCCAGAAGUCGCUGUGGCUGGCCUGCUGCGGGUGCAUCCCCUCCACCUUCUCCUCCAGACCAAGGACAUCCAGCGAUGUGUGAGGACUGAGUGCAGAGCGAGACACGCUCCCUCGCUCUCCUCCUCCUCCUCCUUUUCCCCUUCGUUGUUAUUGUUUCCUACCAGGAGGAACCACCCCAGCCAGCACAUCUCGUUCCAUGGAAAGAUGUCCAAAAAGAGAAAAAAAAUACAAGAAGAGAAAAAGGAAAAAAGGGGGGAAAGAGAGAGAGAGAAUAGAAUGAUAAUGGUUUCCUUUAAAAAUGUUAUUUUCUUACACAUUUUAUUUUUUAUUUAAAAACACAAAACACCAAAAAAAAAAAAAAGGAAGGCUCUACGUCCGAUGGCGUUUGUCUCGUCUCGGGGUAAGGAGGCAGGGGAGCAGCGC